AUUCGCUUUCUCGAAUUUAUUAUUUUCAUCUGAUUCGUCAUCAUAUCACUAACAGGAUCGACAGAAUCCUGUACAAUAAAUUGAGUAAAAUUAAAAAUUACCGUCGGUGAAAACAUUGAUUUUUAACAAAACUUAAAAUGAGCACACUGGAAAAUACAUUACAGAUAGAAACGAAACUAGAAAAGGAGAGAACCAAUCAAGCCUUAUUGAAAGAUCGUGUUGAAAAGUAUUCGGAACUGACUCAGUCCAUGUCCAAAAUCUUGAACUCUUUUGAGCAACGUCUGGGAAAGUUGGAGCAAACCAUCCUACCGGUGUACAAUGUCACCAAAAACCUCCAAAAGCAACAACAAAAUCUUGACAGCACCCUCAACUGUUUAGAGCAGGUUUUGUCGCAUUAUGAUGCGUCACAGGACGUAUGCAACUUGAUCCACCAGGGUCCCUCCGAGGGCAACAUAGCUGCCUUCCUGGACGGGCUAAACAAGCUGAAAAAGGCCAAGGACUACUUCCUCAACAACAAUCCCCAGAGUGUGGAGCUGGAGAACGUGACCAGCCUGUUCAACAACGGCUGCGAAACGUUGAACAACCACUUGAAAUCGUUGCUGAAGAAACACAGCACCCCGAUGAGGCCCGUCGAUCUGCUGGAUAUGAUCUACAUCGAAGAGGACUCGUCCAAUGAGGAUUGCCCGUCGAUCAAACAGCUGCCGACAAGCACCCGGGAAGAGCUGAACACCAUCGCCCAGUGGUUGGACAAUAAUCUGCGCCGGGAGUAUGUGCAAAUUUAUGGCGACGAGCGUUCCGAAGUAAUUAUGCGAUCGCUGCAGAAUCUGAAAGAUCACCAGAAAAGUGGAAGUUGGGGCAACGAACCACUGAAAUCGCGCUACUAUGGUCGACAGUCGGAUGCCGGUGUGAAAAAGUCCACUUCAGCAAGGCUGCAACAGAUAUUUGAACGCAAGGCAAACAAAAUGUUGAUAAAAGCCCAGACUCUUGGUCAGUCAGCUGGCUUGGCUAUGCGCAAAAACUCCUCUUUUGGUGACAUUCUUGCAGCAGAGGAGUAUGGUAGCGACAACGAUCAAGAGUUGGAGAAAUAUUUGGUAUUACUGCUGGGCCUCCAGAAGCUUCUUGUUUGGGAACGCCAACUGCUGAACGACAUCAUUCCGACCUCACGUCACAACGAGGUAUUUUCACGUCUUUCUCAGCCCUCGAUCGAGAUGGUCGUCAAGGAUGCCGAAGCCAUCACCGGAAGGGUCCUAAGAAGUAUCAGCCGCAAAGAGUGGUCCGCUGCACUGGGCAUUUUUUCUGCCCUCAAGCACGUGCAAAUCCUCCAGCCUGACAUCGAUAAAAUAUGUGACAUGGCCCAGCGACAGCAACUGGGCGGAGUACUCAGCAAGCUCCAGCAAACCGGAUCCAAAGCAUUGGAUCAGUUCAUCGAUGGAGUCAAGAACGAUGCCGCUAGUGGAGGAAUGGUCAGCAUGAGCUCAAGCACCAUCAGUUAUGGCGGAGGCUCCAGCGUACCGAAGGAUGCCACUGUCUACGAACUGACCUCCAACACCAUUUGGUUUUUAGAGCAGCUUCAGGAACACUGCGAUACCAUUGGGAGCAUUCUUCAAACCGAAUCCGUCUACACAAACGACUUGGAUCGCAUCGCAUCCCACAAAACCGUGUCGAUCGAACAGAAGAACAAGGCACUGCUCGGCAUCUACGUCCGUAAGGUACUCGGAGAGCUGAACUACACCAUCGCGACCAAGUCCGAACAGUACGGAGAUCUGGCCACCAAGCAGCUUUUCAAGUUGAAUAACACCCACUACAUACUGAAAUCGCUUCAGCGAUCGAAUCUGAUCGACAUCGUUGCUCUCACGGAACACGAUUGCGAAAAGCGCUACCAAAGGAUGAUCCAAGAUCUGAAGAAAGCCUAUCUGAGCUCGUGGUCCAGACUACUGACCAAUAUUGCUCCUCUGGACGACAUUCCUAAACCAUCCGGUGGACGCGUGAAGGAUAAGGAACGAGCCAUUAUCAAGGAGAGGUUCUCAUCUUUCAACAAAGAACUGGAUGACAUCGUACGGACGCAGCGAGCAAUUUCUGUUCCGGAUGUUUUGCUUCGGGAAGGUAUCAAGCGGGACAAUACCGAACACAUCAUACCGCAGUACAAUGCUUUCUUUGAGAUAUAUUCCGAUGUGCAGUUUAGCAAAAAUCCAGAGAAAUAUGUGAAGUAUCGACCAACGGAUGUCACAGCCAUGCUAAACAGUUUCUUUGACGACACUAUUUAAAGUUGUUAGAAAUAUGUAUUUAAGAAGAUAUCAUUGCUUGUAUUAUUGGUUAACAAAAAUUGCACUUAUUCGAAUUACGUAUAUCAAUUUGCGCAAAAGAAUAUCGUUGGUGAUUAUUUGUCUUCGUUACUUUGAAUCGACUUUAAUGCCGCUUUGCUAUGAAAUUCAAAUGGAUAUUUCUUUCAACAAAAACACCCAAUUAAAUAAUUUAAAACGAUCAAGAUAUAAAGUUAUACUAAUACGAUAUAGUGAUUAUAACGAUAAAUAUAGUAUCUAAAUAAAUGUCACAAUCAUAACUA